AUGGCUAACCGACGCGGCGGUGGCGGCGGUGGAGGCCGCGACGGAGGGAGAGAUUCCGGAGAUAAGAGGGGCGGCGGAGGCGGCAGGAACCGGGGCCGCGGCGGCGGCCGAGCGGCUCCCCCCGCCGGCGGGAGAGGCCCCCGCGAUGAGGUUGACGAGACCCGCGGAGGCGGCUCGACUCCCGUCGGAGACCAGAACCGCGGAGGAGGCGCCUCUCGCGGCCUAGGCCAGUACCGCGGCGGAGGCGGCGCGGACCGCGACCGAGGUGCCAGCUCUUACGCGCGAGGCGGGAACCGCGGCCCGGGCGGCGAGGACUACGGCAGGGUCGACAACUCUUACGGAAGAUACCAGAGCCCCGGCGGAGGCGGCGGGGAUCCAAGCGGAAGCCGAGGAAGAGGAGGGCGUGGUUCGGGAAGCAAUGGGCCUCGGGACCCGUACCACCAUGGGGGAGAGCAGGGUCGCGGCGCGGGCGGCGGAGAUCACGGCGGGGUCGGCGGGCCUUAUGGAGGAUACCAGGGCCGCGGCGGAGGGGAGGACUACUACCCAAGCAGAUGGCACGGAGGAGGGCGCGGUUCGUGCGGGUACUACCCCGCGCCGCAAGAAGAGCGGCGUCGCGACAAGUACCCCCAGCAGUUCGCCGCGACACCGUCGCCGAAGAAGAUCCCCUCCAAGGAGGUGGCGAGCCCGUCGCGACCUGGUGUCAGAAAAAUUGGCCCCAUUGAAGAGGUAGAAGUCAAACUUUGGGUGAACCACUUUAGCAUCAAGUUUGGGGAAUCAAGUAUCUUUCACUACAGUGUCAAGCUCGCCCAAGUUUCUCCAGAGGCAUCAGGAGACUUGGAGCUCUCCAUGGCAGAUCAGAAUUUUGUAAAGGCUCAACUCUUGAAGAUGCUUCAGCAGUCUCCAAAUUCAUUAGCUGUUGCUUCUGAUGGCAAGGGCAAUCUGUACUCCUUUGCCGAACUGCCAGAAGGUUUAUCCCUCCUUGUGUCAGUUCGGUCACGGACCUACAAUGCCUCACUACAGUUCAAGGACAAGCUGCAGUUACCCUCUGAUGAGCAUGUGCCUAGGAAUGUUUUGCAGGCUCUUGAUGUCAUUGUCCGUCAAGCCUCCAGCUAUGAAAAGAUUAUCAUUGGGCAGACGUUAUAUUCACCACACUGGUUAGUUCUUGAGGACUCCAAUCAUGUUCAUGUCCAAGCUCUAGGGGGAACGAAGCAGACCCUAAAACCCACCAAGCAAGGGCUAGUCUUAUGUGUGGACUAUUCAGUUAUGGACUUCUGCAAACCUGAAAGCCGUGUUCUGGAUCUUGUUGAGCACUUGCUGAAGCGCUUUGGCAGAAGGAACCACCUUAACCCCCGUAGUCCAGCUCUAGACAAGGAAGAGUGGGAAUAUUUGAAGAGUCAGCUCAGAGGCCUGUGUAUUACCGUGAGUUACCAGAAGAAGUCCUCUGAAGGAAAAAGGGAUGCGCCGACAGUUCGGAAGUACAAGGUUCAAGACUUGACGGCUGAAAAUGCUGAACAGAUAACCUUCAAGGAGUUCAAAGUAGAUAAGAGUUGGGAGCUUGUUCAGUAUUAUCGUCAGCAGUACGGGGAGGAUAUUCAGUAUAAGAUGCUUCCAUGCUUGGUUUUGAGCAAGAGAACGGACAAGCCAAACAAUGUCCCGAUUGAGCUUUGUAGGCUUCAUAGAUGUCAGAAGUAUCCCAAGGAUUCCAGCCAGGAACCGAGGAGGCCACCCCCAUCAGAUGAGCGGAAAAUUAGGAUUGAGCGAAUGGUUAAUGAUGGAUUGGAUGGGCCUUGCAGAGGAGGAAACAGAGGCGAGCAAUUCAAGAUUUCAUUGGAUACACAGAUGACAGAAGUGACCGGCAGGAUCCUUCUCCCCCCAGUGCUAAAACUGGGUGGCUCUAAAGAAUUGAGUAUUCGUCUUGCUAACCGCCAGUGGAACCUCCAGGAUCACAAAAUAUUUGAAGGCCAGUCUCUCGAGUGCUGGGGCGUGCUCGAUUUCAGUGGACAGGAGACUCUUUUCAGGGAUGCCUUUAUUGCAAAGAUUGUCAGCAAGUGCAAUAAUCUUGGUAUUACCAUGUCCUAUGAGCCAAGCCUUGUGCACAAGUCAGCAAUGUUGGUGCUAUCUGAUCCGGACAAACUACGUAGGGAGCUCAGGAAAGCGAAGGAGGCUGCGGAGGAGAAGAGGCAGAAGCUGCAGCUCCUCUUCUGCCCGAUGUCUGAGCUGCACCCUGGGUACAAGACGCUGAAGCUGAUCUGCGAGAUAGAGCUGGGGAUCCAAACCCAGUGUCUCUUGACCCAGCUGGCGAACAAAGAAGGCAAGGGCCAGGACCAGUACUUGUCCAACCUUGCCCUCAAGAUCAACAGCAAGCUCGGAGGAAGCAACAUGCAGCUAUCUCACGAGCUUCCAAUGGUGGCUGGCACACGCUUCAUGUUCAUCGGAGCGGACGUGAACCACCCGCCUCCAGGAGACACGGUGAGUCCGUCGAUAGCAGCUGUUGUGGCGUCCAUGGAUUGCCCUAGCGCCAGCCAGUACGUGCCGAGAAUCCAUGCCCAGAAGGGCCGCAAGGAGAAGAUCGAUAACCUCGGUACCAUGUGUAAGGAGCUCAUCCAAGUCUACAAGGAGAGGAACGGCGGCUUCAAGCCAGACAAGAUCAUUUACUUCCGCGAUGGCGUGAGCGACGAGCAGUUCGAUAUGGUCCGCAAGGAGGAGCUAGUGUCCAUGAAGAAAGGUAUCUGCGAGGACGACUACUCGCCGACGAUCACAGUGGUCGUGGCCAAGAAGCGACACCACACGCGACUGUUCCCCAAGGACGAAAAUGAGCUGCAGACAACGAAUGGCAAUGUGCUCCCUGGCACGGUCGUCGACACCGUCGUGGUCGACCAAUCGGAGGAGGAGGAUUUCUUCCUCUGCAGCCACGACGGGCUGCACGGGACGAGCCGGCCCACGCACUACUACAUGCUGGAGGACGAUAACGGCUUCAAGCGCGUGGACCUGCAGAAGCUGGUGUACAGCAUGUGCUUCGUGUUCGCUCGCUGCACCAAGCCGGUGUCGCUGACGGCGCCCAUCAAGUACGCCGACAUCGCGGCCUACCGCGGCAGGGACUACUGCGACAGCAGGAUGGCGUCCCUGCAGUUCCAGGCGCAGUUCCAGGCCGUCGAGUUCCCGGAGCUGCGCGUGCACCCGGAUCUCAGGGACAAGAUGUUCUUCGUCUGA